UUGUAUUGAAUCUUCUCAAGUAGCUUUAGGGAAGGAAGCCAUUCAAAGUUUAAGAACUGUAGUUUUCAGACAUAAUGGGUCGGGGAAAGCUGAAUUUGGAACUGAUAAAGAAUGAGAAAUCUCGAGUACUGACAUUCAGGAAGAGACUGAAGGGACUGAUGAAGAAAGCUCACGAAUUCACCACUCUUUGUGGAGUUAAGGCGUGCAUGAUCAUCUACGGGCCGCCGAAUCUCAAGGGCAUGCCUGCGUCGGUCGAUAUUUGGCCUCCCGAUUCUGCUGAAGUCAAGGCCGUCAUUGACCAGUACAAGGAAGCGGCGGACCUGUUCGAGACCAAGCUAAAGAAGCCCUUCAACUUGGUUGACUUUUUUGGGGUGCGGCGGAGGAUGAUCAACGACGAGAUUGCCAAGCUGCGGCGGAGAGGUAGCUUGGAGGCCAAGUAUCCGAUUAGGGAUGAUCAGAUUAAGAAUCUUUCGUUGAAUCAAGUUAAGAUUCUGAAUUCUAAAUUUGAUUCCAAGAUUGAGGCGGCGAAUAGCAAGCUGAAGACGAUGAAGAGGGGCCAAUAUAUGAUGGAAUUGGAUGUCUCAAAAUCUGGGUGUGUACCAAAUUUCUCUAAUUUUCAGAGUAAUUUGGAUUUUGAAGUUUCAGAACCAGAAUUCCACACCCAAUUGCCUCCUUAUUGUUGUCCCUACGAUCAAUCCAUCCAAUUUCAACCAUACGAAUAUAAUAUUACUCCGGUGGACAAUCCGAUGAUGACAUUGCUGAUGCACGAUGAGCUUCCUUCUGGAGCGUCCAGCAACAGCAGCACACGCAAUGGGCUGGUUCCAUUCUCGGCGGCCAGCCAUUAUGAUCCGCCGACAGCGGCUGGCAUGGUAGUUAAUGGGAUGUUCAAUAAUCGUUGGGCGGUUCCGGUUCAAUACAUUGGGCCUCCAGUACAGCCGAUGUCGGGGCAGUAUCAAGCAGUUGCAAGUUUGCCUUCUCAGCAGCAUGUUCCUCACUUUGGGAAGUAUUAUUGGGACACCAAUUAGUUUAAUCCAAGGAGAAGAAACAAAGGUUUUAGUGUUAGUAGAUUUUUUUUAAUUGAAGGUGUAGUAGAAACAUUCUAAACCCUCUCCAUGAUUUGCAAUUUUAACUGUAAAAUAGGAAUAAUUGGAUAAGAGAGAC